CGCGAUCGCCGAUCGCCACGUGGUUUAUCAGCUGAUAUAGAAUUAGAACUAGCGUAGACCUACGAUACGGUGUAUUGGAAUUUUACCAAAAAAUAACGGACAAUUACUUGGACUUUGCUUGCAGAAUUCAAAACCAUACGAAGUUAAUCGAAUUUGCAGAAAUUAUUGGAUUGUUGAUGAUAUCUUCUUACCCGAUGAGCUAAUUGAAAGAUGGACUCAAGGAAAUAAUCCAGGCAGUGGCAGUGUUCAGGCUGAAUCUCGCGCCGCAGUAUUUCGUGCCGCCGGAUUGGAUACUUACGUCACGGUACAUCUGCCGGGUCAGACUGGCGGAGGUUAGCCUCGAGUUUCCGCUGAGCACAUACGUAGCGCACUCGGGCCCAGCGUUCCCGUGUUUACUACUGCAUGUGUGUGCGACAUGAGCUUGAACGGCUCGAGCUCGAGCUCCGUAGAGCCCAACACCACAUCGAGCAGUGCGAGUGCGAGUUUGUCAUCCGGGGGAACUUUGUCAAGUAUGGAGACUAUUCCAACGCAGGAGGUUGCUGAAGGAGAUUUUGAUUUUGUGGAGGAGAAGGUGGUUGUUUGGGGUCGUCUGUAUCCUAUUGGGAAAUGUUUUAAGAGCGUUGAUUUCUUGGAUACAAAGGAAGAAUACCUAUUUGGAAGGGAUCCAUCGUGCGACAUUUGUUACAACAGCCCCGAGAUAAGCAGAAAUCCCUGUUACCAGACACUUAGUAAAACACAUUUUAGGAUAUUUAAGGAAUCAAAUGAUAAUUGCAGUUUCUACUUUAUUGAAGAUAGGAGCUCAAAUGGCACCUUUGUGAAUGGAGAAAAGAUUGGUAAAGGGAAGAAGAGAGUUCUAAACAACAAUGAUGAGAUUGCUCUUUCAUUAUCCAAAAACAAAGCAUAUGUUUUCAUGGAUACAUCGGAUUCUGAUCAAAGUAAUCUUCCUUCAGCACUUAGAGAAAAGUUCAUCAUGUCAAAAGUAUUAGGCAGGGGGGCCUGUGGGCAAGUGAAGCUAGCAUUUGAGAAAGGAACAUGUCGGAAGGUUGCAGUCAAGAUUAUAGAAAAGAAGACAUUCUCAAUAGGAGGGACCAUGGUCCGGAACAUGGAGAAGACAGUGAUGGAAGAAGUCAGGAUACUAAAGAAGCUUCACCACCCAUGUAUUAUAGGUAUAGAAGAUGUUUUCGACACACCAGAAGUCCUGUAUAUUGUACUAGAAUUGGUUGAGGGUGGAGAACUAUUUGACAGAGUUGUGAGCAUUGGGAAGUUUGAUGAAGCUACUGCUAAGUUCUACUUUUAUCAAAUGAUUACGGCUUGCAAGUAUUUACAUGACAAUGGAAUCACACACAGGGAUUUGAAGCCAGAAAACCUGCUCCUCAUGACCGACGACAAGGAAACCGUCCUUAAAGUCACCGACUUUGGUCUCUCCAAGUUUGUCGGAGAGCAAUCCCUGAUGAAGACCCUAUGUGGCACACCUACCUACCUCGCCCCAGAGAUCCUGACCAGUAUGGGUAUGGGUGGCUACACAAAAGCCGUCGAUUGCUGGAGUAUAGGGGUCAUCCUCUACAUCUGCCUUGCAGGGUACCCUCCGUUCUCGGAUGAAAUCAAGGUGAUGACCUUGGAGCAGCAGAUUAAGAGAGGUUACUACAGCUUCCCAACAAAGUACUGGGGAUCAGUAUCAGAGUCAGCAAUCGAUAUGGUCAAGAAACUUUUGACUGUUGAUCCAAAGCGGAGACUGACUACCAAGCAGGCCUUGGCGCACCCAUGGCUUCAGGAUCCAGAGGUCAUUGACAAGGCCGAGAAGGUCAUGUACCCCAACAGGAACGGACAGAUGCUUCCUCCUACUGCUCCGGUUCCUGGAACCAAGAAGCGCCCAAGAGAGUCAGCAAUGAGCACAGACGAUGAGCAUAAUGAUGACUCUGGGUUCGGUAGUACGACCUCUAGGAAGAUGUCAAGGAGUGAUGACAGUGGGGACAGUGCCUUUGACAAGACAGAAGACGUGUCAAAGGUCGUCACGAAAGGAAGUGGAGAUGCAUAACGUCACCGCUUGAUAUGUGUAAUAAGAAUCAUGACAUGCCUUCCUCAUAUGGACAGAUACUCAUUCAGUGCAUGUAUUGGCCAUCAUCAUAGAUUGUGGCAAGUGUAGAAGAUAGAGUGUAUGCUUUAGAUGACUGCAUCCUCUCCUUUGGUCGAACAGCUCCCAUGUUACCUGUUGUAAUAGUGAUGAUCACCACAAAUUUCUUCAUCGCAAUGUUCCAUAACAUAAGUAUGAGUCAUUUCGAUCCAUGUUUUUUAGCGGUAAACUGACCAGCAUAUUUUCCAUUCUGAUUGUCCCAUUAUUGUGUAGAGAAGCCAUUGUUGCAAAGAAAAAGUCAUGAUAUCCGCAUGCAUCGGGGCCAACAGACAUGACAUUAAUGUGUCUUAUAAAUUGGCAUGAAAACAAGCAGCCUUUUCGCCUUGAGUACAGAGAAGUGGGAGACUUUUUAUGGCCAGUUAUUUGUUGAACUCUUGAGGUAUUCCCUUUUUCUUUCAUUGAAAUUGAUUUUAUUUGUAGUAAUCCU